UGUGAUUCUUGCACAAUCACGCUUAUGUGGUAUGUCUUAUUCACUGUAUCAUUAAAAUAUAGGUUAGGCUUAGGAGUGAGGUUAUGUUCGCCUAGUAGAAUUCCGCAUAACUCAAAAUAAAAUCAUGACAGAUAAAAACAUUGAAGAACUCGGACCAUCGGAUUUAGGCACACGUGAUUAUUGGGAGAGGAUUUAUUCAGAAGAACUUGAUAAUUUUAAAGAACACGGAGAUGUAGGUGAAAUAUGGUUUGGUAGAAAUAAUACACUAAAAGUCAUACGUUGGAUCAAUACGCAAUUAAAACUUAACAAAGAUGACAAAAUAGUCGAUAUAGGAUGUGGAAACGGAAUGACAUUAGUGGAACUUACAAAACAAGGUUUUGAAAAAUUGCUAGGUAUAGAUUAUUCGGAAAAGGCAGUGGACUUAGCUCGUGAAGUACUGAAGGAAAAUAAUAUAUCACACGUCGAAUUAAAAGUUUGCGACAUACUCGAUUCAGAAAAUUUUAAUUUACCGAUUGACUUUAAAUUAGUACACGAUAAAGGAACUUACGAUGCCAUCAGCUUACAUCCAGAAGAUCCUUCGUCAAAACGGCAAAAGUAUAUAGAAAAUAUAUACAAAAUUCUGUUAUCUUCUGGUUACUUAGUUUUAACUUCAUGUAAUUGGACUAAAGAAGAAAUAGAGAAACAUUUUCAAAAUUAUUUUGACAUCUUACAUGUGCUUCCUGCUGACACAUUUGUAUUUGGUGGACAAACUGGAAACAUUGUAACACAAUUAGUUCUCCAAAAGAAAUAAUAAAAAGGUCGAUUAACAAAAUAUAUGAAGUAUUCCAUUUAUUUACUUUUUAUAAUUGACUCGUAUAAUCUACAAUUAAUAUGUUAUUAAGAAGUACGGUGAUACAUAUGUUCAGAAUACAGACAAAAUUUAUUAGUGCAUAAUAUAUUCGUGCUAAUAACAUAUUAAAAUAGUGGAGACGAAUAGUACAGUUCGUUAUUAUGCUAUUAUCAAUUUACAAACGUUAUAAAAUGCUAUGCAUCAUAAUCGAAAUAAAUAUUACUGUCCAUUUGUGUUCUGAUAAAUUCGCAUUAACGUAAAUUAUUAGUAUACAUAUUAUUUAGUUGUAUAGUUAUUACAUAGUUUGUUUCAUACAGUCAUUGGUACUUGAGGCAUUAUUGGCAUGUUAAAACUUCAUAUUAUAUGUAUUUACGUACGUCUAACUGCUACAUUGGGAUUAUCGAUUUAAAAUUUGCUAGCUGUAACUACGAAUAAA